CUCUGCUGCUUUUACUAACAUAUCACCAACAAUAGCAGGACCCGACGAGCACGCGCACGCGUCUCAAUACGAUAUGCUUAUUACAUCCAUACUCGGCACAAUUUUGACCAUAAUGUGUUUGGUUGGCGUGGUUGGAAACGUUUACACUCUGUACAUUGUGAACACCUCAGCGCGCGUAACCGGAUCAAUGUAUGCCUAUAUUGUGAACUUGGCUCUGGCGGAUCUGCUGUACCUCUCCACUAUCCCGUUCGUGGUUUGGACGUAUUUUGCGAAGGACUGGUACUUUGGCGACAUUGGGUGCCGCGUUCUGUUCAGCCUGGAUUUCGCCACCAUGCACGCGAGCAUCUUCAUCUUGACGACCAUGUGCACGGAGCGCUAUCUGGCCGUCGUGAACCCGCUCGACACCUUCGGCCGGUCCCCGCGCUACAGGCGCGCGGUCACAUGCCUCGUGUGGCUGUUUUCCUUCAUCCUUGCUCUACCGACCAUGAUCAUGAUUGACCUCAAGAGAGACGUGCACAAUGGAGUAGAGAAGCGCAUAUGCCACCCGACCUGGCAGAUGACCGCGUACAGGGUGUAUCUGACCGUUCUGUUCAACACCUGCAUCUUGGUUCCUGGGUUAAUCAUCGGUUAUCUCUAUCUGAAGUUAGCCCGGACCUACUGGCUGUCGCAAACCUCUGUAUUCCCAUCCAGAAGAAUGAAGAAGUGUCCAACGCAAAAGGUGUUAUACAUGAUCUUCGGUAUAGUUCUGACCUAUUGGGCGUGUUUCUUACCCUUCUGGUUGUGGCAGUUGCUCAGUAUCUAUUAUUACGCGGCGCACGGGAGGCUCUCGAGCAGCACGGUUGUGUACAUUAACUUUGUUGUGACCUGUUUGGCGUACAGUAACAGUUGUAUCAACCCUUUCUUGUACACUUUAUUAACGAGGAAUUAUCAGGAAUAUGUGAGGGACAGACAAAAAAACAGCAGAGAGUUAAAGAAGAGGCUCAGACUGUCAUCUCAAAGGUCUGUGUCUUCUGGAAGUCAACAGUUCUCGAAUACUUUGACUAAUACCAGAGACUUUGCUAAUACGCACCCUAAUGGCAUUCUGGAUGCUUAUAGCACAUUGUGAAAAAUAGUUCUUAAACAUAGCAGUUGGAUAAUUUAUAAAAAUUUGAAGUCAUCAUGUUAUUAUUAUUAUUAUUAUUAAGUGUUUGGUGAAAGGAAGGUUUUUAGGGGUCACCCAUUUCCCCCUUCUUUUAACCAAACAGACAAACGCAGAUUACAGCAAAAUAUCAUGUUUUGUAUAAUGUAUGUUUGAAUCUACCAAAUAGCAUCAAUAUCAAUUAUUCUUAUCUUUUAAAAAAGGACAGUACUGGGGGUGCAGAGAAAUUGACCCUCAUUCUGCCCUGUCCCAAACAACAUUAGUUGGCAGAACGUUCUGGUAAUGUUAGUUUUUGGUUCCCAGAAAGUUCUCAGAACACCCAGCACCCCCAAAAUCACCUAAACCUGCAUUUUUAAAUUUUUUGCCUUUUAGUUAGAAUACGUCAGAUGCAGAACGGCUUUUUGUUCUAAAAUAAUUAUGAGGGAACGUUCUGUACUAAUUUUAU